AUGUCUGCCCCUGUAACGUCUUUGCGUAGAAGUGUUGGUAGGAAAGGUCCUAAUCUGAAUAUAGUCCUGACUUGCCCCGAGUGCAAAGUGUAUCCACCCAAGAUUGUGGAAAGAUUUAGUGAAGGUGAUGUCGUCUGUGCUUUAUGUGGGCUGGUGCUAUCUGACAAGCUUGUGGAUACCAGAUCGGAGUGGCGUACUUUCUCUAACGAUGAUCAAAACGGUGAUGAUCCAAGUCGUGUUGGUGAAGCUUCUAACCCGCUAUUGGACGGUAAUAACCUGUCGACUAAAAUUGGUCAAGGUGAAACCACUGACAUGAGAUUCACUAAAGAGCUUAACCGUGCACAGGGUAAAAAUGUUCUGGACAAGAAGGACAACGAAAUCCAGGCCGCAUUUGCUAAGAUCACUAUGCUUUGCGAUGCUUCGGAAUUGCCCAAGAUCGUGAAGGAUUGCGCUAAAGAAGCCUACAAACUCUGCCACGAUGAGAAAGCACUAAAGGGUAAAUCCUCGGAAAGUAUAAUGGCAGCUUCUAUUCUACUUGGUUGUAGGCGUGCCGAAGUUGCAAGAACCUUCAAGGAAAUUCAAUCCAUCAUUCAUGUCAAGACUAAGGAAUUCGGUAAAACUUUGGGUAUUAUGAAAAAUAUCCUGAGAGAAAAGAGUGCCGAUGGUUUCAUUAAGAUUGACACUGACAAUAUGAGUGGUGCUCAAAACCUUACAUAUAUCCCCAGAUUCUGUUCGCAUUUGGGCCUUCCAAUGCAAGUUACUACAUCCGCAGAGUACACUGCUAAGAAGUGUAAGGAAAUUGAGGAAAUUGCUGGUAAAUCGCCUAUCACUAUUGCUGUUGUUUCCAUCUAUUUGAAUAUCUUGCUAUUCAAAAUACCCGUCUCAGCUGCUAGAGUGGGCCAAAUAUUGCAAGUUACUGAAGGUACCAUCAAAUCAGGUUACAAAAUUCUAUUUGAUCAUAAGGAGAAAGUGGUUGAUCCUCAGCUAAUCGCUAGCGGAGUAGUUUCUUUAUCGGAUUUACCUAGGGUAGAGAAGGACAGAAUUGCAAAAAGCGAUAAAAAGAGAGACACUCCUACUCCAGGACCUGCCUGA